GAGCAUCAUGUGGCGAGGAGGAUUUUUGGUCCAUUGUGUUGUCUGCAAGUCGUCAGCCCAUCCAGCAAUUGGAUGCCUUCCUGGGGCGGGGGAACCAGCAGAUCAAUUGUUGGUGGCUGCGAUUGGAAAGACAAGCGCGUUGACUGGGUCGGCCGGGCGCAGUGCCUUCCCAGAUUGUCCAAACUUGUUACGGGCAGGAGCGACCAACACGAGUGAGUAACGAGGCUCGACGAAAAGACGCACACAAAACAAUGGAUGACAAUGACAUCAAGCCCGCCGACAAUAAACCAAACCAAACUAAGCCCAAACUGCCACAAGCGCCGAAACAUGACACAGCCGCCAGCUUUGACCUCUUCGGCGGCCUCUUCACCGUCCGUCUACUGUCGCCCCAAUUCCAACCGCCGCCCCUGCAAGUCAGCAGAUCGGACCAAUGGCACCGGCAAGCGCUGGCCAGUUUUAGGCGCCCAACACCUCGCGGGGGAGAUCCAGGGGGACAGGCACAUGUAUCCCCGGUGCCUACCUUGCACGCGACGGUCAGUUUCAAGCGUGUGCGUGCGUGUACGCGCGUGGGCGGCUUGCCAAAGACCAGCCAGCUAGGCAGUACGCCCCGGCGAGACGCCCUGGCGCUGCAGCGUCACUGGCCGACUGCCGCCGAGGGCGGUGUGUGCGUCGUCGGCGGCGGCAGCGAUAAGCUUCGCGACGUGGGCUGGAGGCUUUGGGGCGCAAGCCACACACGCCCCUCCCGUCUCCCUCCCCCUUCAUCUGCGUUCCCGCCCACACUUCUGCGGUCGGCGGGCCCGAGCAUGCCGGCACAUCGACACCGGUCAAGGAACCGCAUGUCAAGCCCGCCUGCCUUACCUGUGCUGCGUCCUAUCACUAACCCUGUCGAGAUUCCUGCCGCUCCAUCUCGUUCUGUCCCCAGAUAAGGCCCUGUAAUCUAGAUGGCAGAUAUAGCGCACUGGGUCAAGCCACAUUGCUAUACGUACGGCCAGGGUGUGUGCCGCUCCGUUUUUGCCGCGGCGCAUACGGCCACGUGCUGUUGGUUCACCCUCCCUGUCUUUUUCUUUUUUACCAACCCACACACCACCGUGGCGGCUAUUUCACCUGAAUAUGCACGGUAGCUCGUUCUCGUCACGUC